GUCGUUUUUAGUUUCCCGCCCUUUUAUUUGCAGCCCACGAUGUAAACAAAGAUGAUGAGGAUGCUGGAAAGCUUUGACAUUACAUUUAAAUUCAAGUUUUUAAGAGAUUGAUUUGUUAUAAAAGAAUGGAGUUGAAAGAAGAUUUAAAGAUAACAAAAUCGAUUGAAAAUUGUUCCUUGAAAGAAAACUAUCCAACAAAGAAUAUGACUUUUGAUACAAAUCAGAAUUGUUGCUUCUCUAACUUAAUUAAAACAGGACAUUUUGGUGAAUACAAUAUAACUCUGAAAAGUAGAGCAAUAGAUCAGAACAGUCAGGAGGGCCUCUAUAACAACAUGAAUUACGGCGAUGGAGUGAAUUAUCUAACUUUUGAAGCUAUUAAAAGAAAUAUUCAUGAUUUGAUUUGGGCUACCAAAAAGCCAAAAGUGGAACCAUUUUCCUUUCUUUGGCUGUUUCCAUCUCGGAGAACCAGAACUAAAUCCACCGAUGCAGAUCAUUACUUAGCAGCAAUAUUAGGUGUAUGUUCUAAAAAGCAAAGACAGGAAUUGAUGAAAGUUAAAAACAAACGUUAUUAUGACCAUGUCCCUUUAUCUCUGGCAUGUAAGAUAAGAAACCUUGACCUUGUUAAAUUUCUAGUGGAGUAUUGUGAUGCUGAUGUAAAUGGUAACGAUGGUGACGGCAAGCCAAUGCUGUGGGCAAUAGCAAAACAAGAGGAACACAUUGUACAUUACCUACUCCAAAAUAACGCUGAUCCGGGGAGAAAUGUGGCCCCCACCUUCAACUUGUUGUUGUUCUCAAUGAAGAUACGUUCAUCAACAACAACAUGGCCAUCAUUUGGAUAUGAAGAAAACUAUGAUGAGGAUGAUGAAAAGGAAUCUUACGAUGAAGACAGUGACGAUGAUAAUGAAGAAGAUGAAGAUGAUAAUGAUGAUGAUGAUGAUGAUGAUGAAAGUCUAGAUGGCCAAGGGGAUGAAGGGGAUUGGACUGAUGUUGAUGAUGAUGAAAGUGACUAUAUGUCAGAUGAUGAAGAUGACUUUUUAGAUGAAGAGGAAACAGAGGAAGAGGAAAGUAUGUACGGAUCUGAUAAUGAAGUUGAAUGUAGAAUAAGACUUGAUUUUAAGAACAAGAAGGAUGAGAAAAUUCCAGUGCCAUGUGAUCCUAAAUUAAGAAUCGUUGUAUUGUUGAUCGCAUAUGGAGCUGUAGAGAAAUGCUCUGAGAGUCAACUGUUUGAUAUAUUUAGAGCUGUGCUACCAGAAGAGAGUACGAAUGUUAUAGUAAUGAAUUCUGGGGGACAGUUGUAUGAAGCUUGUCUGCCUAUAUUUCUAGACAAAGUUCCUAACCUAGACAAUGUCAGGAAUGCUGAGGGAAUGUCAUUAUUAGGGUAUGAACUUCUUCAUAAAGAUUAUAAUUAUAAGAGAUGCCAAAUCUCAAGUUAUAUUGAACCAAUUUUGGAACAAUCUGAUGGCACAGAAGUCAACACUGCGAAUGUUCUUAAGUAUUAUUACCUCCCUUUGUUAGAGGAUCAACCAGACACUAUAGAGACUAAUGUUAAUACUGUUCUAAAGUCUUGUAGAAUAAACCCUACUACUAACAACGUCACAUGUGACGACGAUUCAAAACCUACCAAGUAUGUACAUGCUCUUAUAUUCUUAGCUGCCACUGGGAAGAGCCUGUUAGGAACCUGUUUGGAUAUGCCCAAGAUACCUUUCCAUAUUAAGUUUGAUACUUUAGAGAUAGCUGGGGCUAACUUUGCCAAAUGGGGAUGUUUUUCUGACGCUGUAGAUUGCUGGAAUGCUGCCAACUGUAUCCGACAACAGAUAGCUACCCUUAAGAAUAAGAAUUCAGAGCAAGUGUCAAAGUGGGAGAAGGGUAUAGAAAUAUUGGAUGAACUUGCCGAGGAGUUACAGAAUCCUUACGAGGAUUAUACUGACAUGGAUACUGUAUAUAUAGACUUUGAUGAAGAUUCUCGCUCCAUCAUUGAGUCUGUUGAAGAGAGCUUUAAAACUAAGUUGAACACAGGUACUGUACCCGAUAUUGUAGUUCAUUCACCCACCAGGUCAGUUGUAUCAAAUCUCCACACUUUAACCAGCCGUGACAGAGGCUCUGAUAAUAUCUCUAGUGACAGCCGUGACAGAGGCUCUGAUAAUAUCUCAAGUGACAGUGAAGAUGAAGAGGAACUAUUACAUAAAACACGUAUUGCCAUUCUCACUAAGAGUGUGCUAAUUCACGAGAGACUGAUAGGUUACGGAUGCCAUCAAACUAUGAGAGCAUUUCAUGCUUUAGCAAUUGAGUAUAAACGUCAUGACAAAGUCCAAGAAUUUGUUACUGUAAUGACCUACAGUUUCCCAUACCUUGUUAAGUAUAUUUCACAAGAGGAAUACUAUGCAGUGAGCAGUAUUACAAAGACUUAUACACUGACCAAGUUUAUUGACUCCUUCACUAAUGUUCUACUUACUGAGACAAAGAGAAGACAGUUGUCAUUCGAUCUACUGAUGGCUAUAUGUAAAUGUUUGUUCUUGCACUGUCUAGCCACUCCAAGAAAACAAAGAGAUUUCUCCCAGUUUGCCCCUCUUCUGCUGUCAAUCAAAUGUCUACAUAGAUAUGAGAAGACAGAUGAAGAAGAUCGAAGAUUUCUACAAUUCUUGAGGAAAGUUCUCAAAGAUGACAUUCGUAAUGAUGUAAGACAGAGUCUACUUCACUAUGUCACACCAGUCACAAACAAAGCAUCAGACAAAUUAGAGAAAGAAGUAUCAGGAUCAUUAGAGUUAGUGGAAGUCUUACUAAGUUCAGGAGCAGAUCCCAAUACUUGGGACGAGUUUGGAAUGACACCUCUCCAUUUAGCCUACCGUAUCAGGUCUACUGAAUUGAAUGAGGUAGUGAAUGACCAUCAUGAUAACCAAAUGAAUAUUAUCCAAGCCCUGCUGGGAGCUGGUGCUCACACUGACUGUUUAGAUGCUGUCAAUAGAACACCCAUCUGGUAUUCCCAGACGUUAUCAAGUCCAUUAUGUCCUGUGGGUACACGAUCCUUGCAAUGUCUAGCCUCUGCUGUGAUUGUCAACAGUGGUGUACCUUAUCAAGGACAUCUGUCAUCUCACAUGACCAAAUAUGUGGAUCUGCAUAAGAAAAGAGGCAAAUUAACAACAGAUAUUUUUCUAGUGAAUCUUCUGAACAAUCCUCAUAGAGGUCCAAAUUUUUUCCAAAUGUUUUAGCAAGUUUCAUUGUUGUAUAUCUUCUGAAUAGAACUGAAUGUUUUAGCAAGUUUCAUGGUUUUAUAUCUUCUGGAUAGAACUGAAUGUUUUAGCAAGUUUCAUGGUUUUAUGUAUUUCAGAAGAUACUCAUUAGAUUCAUUGUUCAACUUUCA